AUGCCUCAGGUACCAGCAAGUUGUAUUGUUUACCUUAAGAAGUUGAAAGCGGUGAUAAGUAGUAAUACAGAUGAAUCUGCUGAUGAAACAGAAUUUAAUCAAGUUAUGGAUCAACUUCAAACCUUCAUCAAGUCAAUGGAACUGAAUCAAGAACAAAUGAAGGUGGUGGAAGAAAUUAUCAAUGGUAUUAAAACAAUUGGAUAUAAGAUAUUGUACGAUAUGGCCGUUAUGCGAAAUGACAUGAAAAACAUGAAAAAAUGUGAACGGGAACUACUAGACAAGUUGGACCAAUUGACGAUUAGUCACAGCACAUUACAAACUGUGGUUCUUGAUUUGAAAAAUGAAUUUUCGAAGUUUAAACAAAAUACAGGCGACAAGGUAUUGGCAUCAGUAUAUGCUCAUUUGUUACAGCCAGUUAUUGACAGAAUUGAUGAAGCAUUUCGAAUAAGAAACGAACAAAUGAGGAACACGCCUUCACCAACAUCAUAUAAUAUAAAGGACCAUUAUAAACCAUAUGUAUUAAGAAACAUCAAGUAUGGGUUGGAUAUUGACGAUGAGCCUACGCAAUUAGUUAGUAAUGUGAUCGUUGAAUUUGAUAAUGCUGUUAGUUUAUCAAAAAUGCAAAUGGUUGAAUUAUUAAUAGCAAAAACAACGAGAAACUACUCAGUACAUGGUUUUAUUGAGCACUUUAUUGAUGAUUUAGUUUUUGAAAGAUAUCUUGAUGAAAUUACUUCAAUACAACAUACACCUUCAUCAGAACUUAUAAUUGAUUGGAACUAG